CAACCUUGCUAACGCCUCGAUGGCACGUCAUAGCAGGUUAGAGUCUCACACAGGCAUUUGCACCUGCAAUCGUGUAGGAGAUUAUUGACACCGUCUGAUUUUCUUAUACAUGUAGAUGCAUGUGUUGCAGUGAUGCGAUUUAUAUCAGCGCCCUCUGUUGGCACAAACGGUAUUCUUGGACACACCGAAAAAUGAGUGCAAUAUCUAAAUCGUUGAAUAUGGACAAAGAACCCACAAAAUACACAAACAUAAAAAAUAUUGCAUAUGUCAAAACAAGGAAAUUUUUAUUGGGGUUAUACGAGGCUCCUUCGUUAAAUUUUAAAUCCUAAAAAACCUUCGUGAAAACACCUUAUCAAUUGUGAUUGAGGACAUGACAACUUUAAACAAAAAGGAUAAGCUAUUAGCUUAGGAGUAUUUUUCGUAAGAAUUUGAAAGAAGAAUAUUUGUUGAACUGGUAUUUCAAUGACACGGAAAAGCCUCAGCCAACUUGAUCAAUUUGUUCUAAUGUUUUCAGGAGAUAUUCCAAGGGGAAGAUUGUUACACUUGACUCGGUUUCAAAGCACACUCUCGUUCAUUUUUACAUCUCCAUGCAAACUUCGAUUUUUUACUUGAUAUAUUUCUAGUGCUUCACCAAACAUUACAAAUAUACCAUACAGUCUCGUCUCAGAGGACCAUUCCCUGAAUAAAAAUCUAGUCAGACAGAGAAGAAACCUAUAAUGCAAUCAGUAGGUCGAGCAAACAAUAAACAAAGCAGUGUUCGUGCUUACAUGAAAUACACGUUACAAUAGCAAAAAGGCAGAUCAAGUUUGAGAGUGAAAUAUCCCAAAUCAAUAUAGCAAUGCAGACGAUGGGGAGGGUGGACGUGCCUAGAGACCGAUGAAUGUUUAUCCGUUUGUCUUUUGUUGUUUACUCGAUCGGUCUCUGCCUGUGUGACAGAGGAGAUGAGUGGGUGCGUCCGGGCCAUUAAACGUCUGAAAGUCCGUGGCUAACUUACCUCACAUCACCAGACAUAAUACUUCAUCUGGCAUAUACUCGAGAGUUCGUGAUCAAACUUCGAGUACUGUGUGUUUGACGACAAGUAAUUAAUGCUGCAGCCACGCUGCUUAAUUGCUCAGUAUAAGUGGUUUUUCUCUCACAAGAACUGCGCAAACAGAUUCUGUCGUCUCCUUCUGUCGGAAUGAUGCAUAACUAACACGACGGGAAACAGUGACGAUGUGGCUGUCUGGCGAAGUUCAAAAAGAGAGCGAUGGUCUAGAGAAUUUGCAUUUCUGAGAAAACACCACACCUUUGAGGAACUGUUGUUGAUCGGUGUGAAGCGACGAAUUAAACAGCAUUUGAUUAUUUUUUGGGACCAAGAGUUGUAACUUUACUCAAAAUGAUUCGAAUAUCUGCAUUGUACAAUAAGAAACGACUGCCCCUAGAUGUGCAGACGUACGAAACGGUACAUUUAGUAAAGGACAAGGUAGUAGACUUGUUUGGAAUUGAUACUAAGAGUAGCAGCGAGAAGAAGUACAUCGUGUUGUCCUACCAUGGAGCAGAGCUUCAAGAUGAUUGGGUACUGAGUGAAGUUGGUGUCAAUGCUGGUUCCACCCUCAAAUGCAGCGUGAGAGAGGAGGUUACGCCUAAACUUUUCGUUCACUGCAGCUUCAAUGAUGAAGUGAUUGAAAUCAUUGACAAUUUGGAUUUCUCCAGUUCCAUGGUUGCUGAGUUGCGACUGUUGAUCUCCCGUAAGAUCGGUCUACCAGUCACGGUGUACCGCAUCCUGACCUCAUCUGGAAAGGAGAUGUUUGACGCUAAUCUGCUGAGCCAGUACGGGAUUGAAGUAGGUUGCACCUUGAAGAUGGAAACUAUAGAUGGUUGGAAUGAAUUCCUAAAAUCUGCCAUAAUCGGACACACUCAACAGGUAUUUCGUUAUUUUAACCAGACUGAUGAGACAAUAUGUAAGUUCCAGAUGCGAGUAGCACUAUUUAUAGCAGCACACUACGGCCACAUAGAUUUAGCCACUGCUAUGCUGAAAAACGGGAUACGUGCUGAUGAGAAAGUGGGCGACCAUCCCUCCAAAGAAUGGUGCCGAAGCUCACACAUCGAGGCCUAUAAAACGCCAGUGCAUGAAGCAGCGGAACACGGCCAGCUUAGCGUCCUUCGUAUCUUUGUUUUCAACAACAUCUGUGUCGUGACCAGUAAAGAUGGCAUGGGAUUGACGGCUUUGAAUGUCUCACUUCGAAAGCAACAGAGGGAAGUGGCCAUGUACCUUCUUACAAAACAGUGGGCCAGUGUACAAUUUACUGCCAUGAAUUUACCUCUUACCAUUUAUUCAGCAAUUCGACGGUGGUGUGACAAGGCGAAAGAUAAGGUGUUACUCGUACAUGGUCCCGAGAAAUCCAGUGUGAAGUAUCGUAAAUCGACAAACCUGCCAGGUGCCUUAUGCGGUCAAGGUGUCCACGUUGAUGGCUUCACAGAAAGUCUCAUGAACUCUUGUCCAAAGACUCGAUCACUGGAAAGCGUGAAAGCCAAAAAUCUUGAAAUAACCAGACGGGGAACCCAUGCCUCUCUUGCAGACAAUCAACACACUUUGACGGUGGACAAACUGCCACGCCUAUACGGCACUAAGACUCCGUCCGUUGUGAGUAGAUAUCGCGAUAAAUAUCUCUCCAAAAUUAACGAGGACCAUGCUAGAGUAGAUCCUUUGCCACGUCCUAGAAGCCGUAGUGUUGUGGACAUGCCAGUCGUCUUGCCCGACAUUGCCAAUAACGCACGUAAAUCCCGUCGGGCUUCAGUUGCCGAGACACACCGUGAAAGUGGAGACAGUGAAUCCAACGUAAAUUUCACCAAGAAUGAGAGAGGGAACACAGCCUACAUUCGCACCGCUGGCGGGGUUGCCUCGGGCCCGGCUCGGUUCAGUGGUGGAAAGGACAGCGUCCUAAAUUCCGAUCAAAAGUCUAAUUCCUCGGUGAAAUCUGACAAGCCGACACUGACACAAAAGCGUGAGAUUGAACGUAAAAGGCGCAACAGAGCAGCUAGUCUAGACUGUUCUAUUCCUUUACUUCCAACCAGUGGGGACCGGGUUUGGGAACGGCCUUUUUUCUAUUCCUCGACGGGUAAAAGCAUCCCCCGCUCUACCAUCGAUCUGUACGAAAGUCUGACUGGAAACACAACGUGGGAACGAGCUAUACAAGCAUUAACAGUCACCUCAUCAUUUAAGGACAAAUCCUGGCUUUACAGAGUCCGAAUGGCCAUGUCAAUGUCUGAGACUCAAAUUAAGAAAUUAGGAAGCAAUCCUGAAGAAAAUAAUAAGAAUCCCAGUAGCAAAGAGAAAGACAAACUCUCUUCAAAUGUCAGUCCGGGAGCUGAGCACGAUGCAACCUCAGCUCUGUCACUUCGAAGAACACAGAGUGUGAGUUAACUGAAGAUUAAGAAAAAAAUUACUAAUUAAUAGACGUAAUAUUAAAUGAACGUUGGACUCUUUUGGUACUUGUCAAACACUGUGAAUUACACAAUUAAGCAGGGACAAGCACUUUAGGACAAAUUUAUGCAUUGUUGAAAAUAAACAAAGGUAAACCGCUUAACUCAAGAUGUUUAAGUGUUUUAAGAUGCAUAUCAAAACAAAGGAUUUCUAAAUACCGGGAUUUUCAAAAAGAAAUGCGAAUGAUAAAGUUGUUAUCUUUUCAGUGAUACAGUCGAAAAUAUACAUAAGUUGGUAUUUUAUCAAAGUUCCUAUUCGUUCCUUUUUGACCAACAUUUAGGCGACAGUCGAUAUAAAAUAGAAGCAACAGUAACUUUUUUCAUUUUCUAAAAUGUGUCCGUUAAAAUAGUGUGAGUUAUAACCAAACCAAUCGAGGAAACGAAUGAGUUCUUAAGUGACUGUACUGUCUGUCUCUUCAAUGUAAAUACAGGUAAUUUUAUUUCUACUAAAUAUAAAUAUUGGUUUCACUGUCGGUUGAUGAAUAGUAAACAACUUCAAAGAUACAGUUUUUAUGGUUAGACUUUCUCUUACGAUGAUUCAUGAAGCUAUAGAAUGAUUGUCACGAUAAAAACAGUUCUGUAUUGCUCUUCUAAAAAAAGGGAAAAUGCUUUUGGAGUUGUGUAUUUAAUUAUGAAGCAAACUACAUUUCUAAAUUUUGGAGAGAAUUCAGUUUCCCCGCUCGAAGCCGAUAUUACAUUAUUUCUGAAAGCUGGUUGCAUUAAGCAAUUCAUGUUUCUUGCAUUCUGUUAAAAUGCUCGACAUUACACACUGAAUGAUAUAGCACGGAAUAUAAUGAAACUAUGAAAAGAGAGGAAUCUUAAGUUUCCCUGCAGAAUUCUGCAUUUUCUGCUCAGUUUCCCUCAUAAUUAAUUUAAAGUCAGUAAUGAUUACUUUUUACUAAAAGUAAAUAGUAUACCAGAGAUAGGUAUAUUUCAUGAUUAUUUUAAGUAUAUUUUGUAUACCAUUUUAAUAGAUGCUUUGCAAAGAUAUAGUUAUGGUGGUGGCUAAUGUUGCUGGUUUAAAAAGGAAGAAAGUAGAUAAUUGAAAAAAUACCCCAAGCUUCCAUUGAUUUGACCUUUUCAAUGCCAAGGCCAAGCGUUAAACAGUCCCCUCAAAGCUUUUUACAGUUUUUAAAAUCAACGAGAGCUCUCUCUAAUUUGGUUCCCGCCGGACAAAGAAUUCAAGGUAAACUGACGAGCUUUUAACGGUAGAAUGGGGAAAAUUCCUGUGAUUUUUCAAGCUAACUAGUGCCUUCAAUCCCAUUACCCGUUUCUUCCCCUUUUUGUUUUUCAUCUUCUCUAGGAAGGGGGGGCUUGCAGACCACUUCCCCCUCGACGCCCUUGCGACCAAGCUAUUUCAAUUGCAAAGGGAAACGCAGGGGUACGUGGACCAAAAAAAUAGGUAACUUUGUAAAAUUCAGCCACAUGUUAGCCCUUCACCUAAGUUACAGCUAUGGUUCGACCAUUCAUGUUUGCGUUUAGUCUGGAGUGUUUGUACACUCCUUUGUAAAACUCGGCAGCUUAUCUACCGCUGUAGUCCUAAUCGCAGAUAUAGGAUUUUACUGUUAUAUUCAGUGGACACUUACAUAGCGCCAAUGGUAUUAUCACUUACUGUGCUUGUACAAUAGUCAGUAGCUAAGUCUCUUAAUCCUCUUAAGAUGGAAUGGCGUAAUCCUACACACCAAGCUGAUAAUCGAUAGAGACCUCACAAUUCUCGGUAAUAAAUAAAAGACGCUCUUGAAAGGUUUGUGCUCUAUCUCCUAAAUUCCACACGAACCGAUCAUCACAACUCCUCAGAACUGAGUGUGCAUGGUAACACAGGCAUGCAACCUAAGUAACUCGUUGUCACAUGUAUCUUGUGUUUCGUAUGCAUUUACAGUAAAGGUUACAUAAUUGACCUGCAAAUGUAUAUGUCUAGUUUGACAUUUGACAUGUAAUUAUAGUUUAAUAAAAACAAAUCGUAACCUAUCACGAGCUGAUGGUCGAUUCAUAUUGAUUUCUGAUGAUUAUUAUAACAU